AUGGCCCACCAAGCACACGCAUACCAUAUGGUUGACCCAAGCCCCUGACCCCUAACUGGCGCAGUAGCCGCCCUUUUAAUGACAUCCGGCCUUGCUAUUUGAUUCCAUUUCCACUCAGUCACGCUAAUAACACUAGGAACCAUUCUUCUCCUCCUAACAAUGUACCAAUGAUGGCGAGAUAUUGUACGAGAAGGAACCUUCCAAGGCCACCACACCCCACCAGUCCAAAAAGGUCUUCGAUACGGAAUAAUCCUAUUCAUCACCUCAGAAGUAUUCUUCUUCCUAGGAUUUUUCUGAGCCUUCUACCACUCCAGCCUAGCCCCGACCCCAGAACUAGGAGGAUGCUGACCUCCUACGGGCAUUACAACUCUAGACCCAUUCGAAGUACCCCUCCUAAAUACCGCCGUCCUCCUUGCCUCCGGAGUUACAGUCACCUGAGCACAUCACAGCUUAAUGGAAGGAGAACGAAAGCAAGCUAUUCAAUCCCUAACCCUUACUAUUCUUUUAGGCUUCUACUUUACCCUCCUCCAAGCAAUGGAAUACUAUGAAGCACCAUUCACAAUUGCCGACGGAGUCUAUGGCUCCACAUUCUUUGUAGCCACCGGUUUCCACGGCCUCCACGUGAUCAUCGGCUCUACCUUCCUGGCAAUCUGCCUAAUCCGACAAGUCCAAUACCACUUCACAUCAGAACACCACUUCGGGUUUGAGGCUGCCGCCUGAUACUGACACUUUGUAGACGUCGUCUGACUCUUCCUAUACGUCUCCAUCUAUUGAUGAGGAUCAUA